CGUUGUCGCGGUGGUUGCGUCAGACACAAGUCUGUUUGGAAGAAGUCGACAGUAGACGUGUUGUUGUGGACAAGUUUUAAAGGGUUGGAAUUGACGAGUUGAAGGGCUACGACCUUGAUUGUCAGAAGUGACCUCAAAAAUAAAGUUAAUAAUGGCAGAAAGCGAUUGGGAUACCGUAACCGUGCUAAGGAAGAAGGGCCCGACCUCGGCGCAGGCCAAAUCGAGACAGGCAGUUGCAGCAGCCCAGAGAAGAGGGGAGGAGGUUGAAACAACAAAGAAAUGGGCGGCAGGACAAAAUAAACAGCAUGUAGUGACCAAGAACACAGCCAAGCUUGACAGGGAGACUGAAGAACUUCACCAUGAAAGAGUUACUUUGGAAGUGGGGAAAGUUAUCCAGCAAGGAAGACAAAGUAAAGGAAUGACACAGAAGGAUCUUGCCACAAAAAUUAAUGAAAAGCCACAGAUCAUUGCAGAUUAUGAAAGUGGUAAAGCAAUUCCCAACAAUCAGGUUCUGGGAAAGAUCGAAAGGGCGCUUGGCCUUAAACUGCGUGGAAAAGAUAUUGGAAAACCCCUCGAACCAACACUGAAAACCAAAUGAACACAAAGCCUCGAAGUCAGUUCUGCUGCAGUGGGCUGAUCUCACCUGGUUUUUCCUUCCUGGUCAAAACCAGAAACAUCCUGUUAUUGCCAAGCUGAAUAUUGGAGGGUUUCAGACAUGUUUUGAAUAACAUUAAUAAUACCUGUU